CCAAUUUCUGCUACAUAGAUUCGGCACCCCUAAACCUCUUUUCAUCUUACUAUUGCAAAGAGACUCCCAUUUAACCCAUGAAAUCUUCCUUUUAGCCUUAUCAUCCCCCUCACAAGAAAUUCCUUUGAAUAGAAAUCAACUCAACAACCACAGAAUUUGGCAUUAAAAAUAAAGACAUAUUAAAAAUAGGAAAUCGGCGAGCAUGAGAGGAACGGCAAGAGGUGUGAUACCAGGGAGCGAGGGUGGAUACAGACAGUGGAAAGGACACAAGACUAGGACGGGAGGCUAUGGUUCGCAGUUUUCCGGCUGGACGACGACGUUCUUCUUCUACAAUUUUCCGGAGGAGUUGGAGGCAAAAUUCCUAUGGAACAGCUUUCGGAUGUAUGGCAAGGCUGUAGAUGUGUAUAUCCCGAGCAAAAGAGAUAAACGAGGGAAGAGGUUUGGGUUUGUGCGGAUGGCAGGGGUAAAAAAUGAGAAGCAAAUGGAAAGGCAGCUAAACACGAUGUGGAUCGGCUCGUAUAAAAUGAAGGUGAAGAUUGCAGAUGACAGGGGGAAAAAACCAGCAGAGUCCAGGAAGUUACAAGGAGCAGUAAAGGACAAUGGAUCAAUGAGCAAAACGAAUAGGUUAAUCCAACCAGGGAAAUCAUAUGCCCAAGCAGUGAAGGGCAAGGGAAAGUGGGCCGAGAACGCACAAAUCCAACCUCAGGAAAUAGACAAAGAAGAAACGGAGGUAAAGGACGAGGUUAAUCAAAGGGAAGUAGAGAAUAUGGUAGUGGAACAUUAUCCCACGGGUGAAGAGCUACACUGGCUAGAGGGCGGCAUGGUGGCAGUGGUGAGAUCGAUGGGGUUAAUAUCAGAGAUUCAGGAACGUAUUGACGUAGACGGUGGCUUAAUAUCGUUAACACCAAUAGGGGGAAGAAGGGUGUUAUUAUCUGAAAGAGUAGUAGGGUACUUAUCUGAAUAUAUGAAGAUAAAUGAAGAGUUGUUCGAUCUGUGGUUUGAAUCCAUAAACCCAUGGGAAUUGGCACCGGAGGAGUCGAGUCGAAUGGUUUGGCUGCGUAUAUCGGGAGUGCCUCUAAAGGCAUGGAGUGAGAGGUGUUUUCAGAGUAUAGGAGAGACAAUUGGAGAGGUGCAAAUGAUUCAUGAGGACACAAAGAAUAAAUCAAUUCUUUGGGAUGGAAGAGUAUUGGUCCUAAGCACAGAGCCUAGGAGAAUAGCAAAAAGAAUUAACUUGAAAGUAGGAGAAAAGCUGUAUGGAAUAGAGAUUGCAGAAGAGGAAUGGCGGACGGAUCCGGACUGGUGGUUGACGGAGAAUGAUCGGAAUAAUGACCAGAAAUCGGAGUCCGAUGACGUCUCGGAUGCGUGGAGCCAGAACGAAUACCAGGAAAUGGGUGUGGACGUCAUUCGUGACGGAGAUGACAAAUCAGAAAACAGAGCACCAACGAACAAAAAGCAGCGUCUCCUUCAAGAGUGCUACCCAGAAAGCAUGGAGGAGAUCUGGGCGAAUGGGACUCCGCUGGUGACUUCCAGAUCCAGACAGCGACAGUCACGAAGGGUGGACGACCGAAGAGCAAAGGAAGAAAAGGUGGGAAAGAGGUUGGGGAUCCAAUUUGAAGAUAAUGAUGAGGAAUUACUAUCUAGGCUGAUAGAGGCAGAGGAUCGAGAGAGGGCAGGGAGGAGGGACGGGGGAUUGGGUGGAAUAGUGAAGAGGAAGGAAGUGGGUAAGCUGAGUAGAGAAGAAAGGCCGGACUUUCUAUUCUUGCAGGAAACGAAGCUAGAGAGGAUAGAUAUGGGUAUUUGCAAAGUUUUAUGGAACUCUGAUGAGUUCGAAUGGGUUGCGAAGGCCUCGUCUGGAGCAUCAGGGGGAUUGCUAUGUUUAUGGGACAGAAGGAAUUUUGUUAAGAGCGAAGAGUUUACAGGGGAUGGGUAUGUGGGAAUAUCAGGGGAAUGGGGAGUAAAUAAACAACAGUGCAGCCUAAUAAACGUGUAUGGACCCAAUGAUAGACAGAAGAGGGUUAAGCUGUGGGAGGAGCUGAGGAAGAGGGUGAUUGACAAGGAAGGGUGGUGGUUGAUCGCAGGGGAUUUCAAUGCUGUCAGAGGGCCUGAGGAGAGGCAAGGGAAAUCAGGGGUGAGUGCAGACAUGUGGGACUUUGAGGAGUUCAUUGUAACAACAGGCCUGGUGGACGUUAAAUUGUCUAAUAGACGUUACACAUGGUAUAAACCUGAUGGAUCAGCAAGAAGCAGACUAGACAGAUUUUUGUUGAGUACCGAGAUGUAUAAUAGGGGAGGAGAAUGGAUACAGCAGGGGCUGCCAAGAAACAUUUCGGAUCAUUGCGCAAUGGUGUUGAAUUCCAAAUCAACAGACUGGGGACCAAGACCUUUUAGAGUCUUAGAUGCAUGGCAACAACAUCCAGGAUUCAAGAAGGUUGUAGAAGAUAAGUGGAGGGAGAUGGCAGUGGAGGGGUUUGCAGGGUACAAAUGCAAACAGAAAUUAAAACUGCUGAAAGAAUUCCUAAAAAGUUGGAACAAGGAAGUUUUUGGAAACAUGGAGGCUCAGUAUGUGCAGGCAGUCAAAAAAAUAGAACAGGUCGAUAUGCAGAAUGAGAUAGCUGAUCUAGAGGAAUUGGAAAUUGUUAAAAGGCAAGAAGGCUUCUCUGAGAUGUGGGAUGUUUUGAGAAGACGGGAACUAAUCUGGAAGCAGAAGUCAAGGAGCAGAUGGAUAAGAGAGGGAGACGCCAAUACCCGUUUCUUCCAUAAAUUGGCUAACGGGAGAAGGGCGCAAAAUAAUAUUGCUGGAUUAAUGCGGGAAGGGGUGUGGAUUGAAGAUCCAGUAACAGUAAAGGACGAAAUUGUCAAAUAUUUCAGGAAUUUGUUCAAAGGUGACUCAUGGAUCAGACCCAAGCCCGAGGGUAUCAAGUUUCAAAAGAUUUCAGAGGAGAAAAAAGAAUGGUUAGAAAGACCGUUUUCGAUUGAAGAAAUUGAGGAAGGGUUAAAGGGCUGUGAGGGUUCAAAGGCGCCGGGACCGGAUGGGUACAACUUCAAUUUUCUUAAAUUUGCGUGGCAUUGCAUUAAGGAGGAUUUCAUCAGUUUUUUCUCAGAGUUCCACCGAAAUGGCAAACUGGUGAGGGGCCUAAACUCUUCUUUUUUGACUUUGGUCCCUAAAAAACUAAAUGCUGCAAAUUUAAAGGAGUAUAGACCCAUUAGCUUGAUAGGAUGUGUUUAUAAAUUAUUAGCGAAGGUUUUGGCUAAUAGAUUGAAAGCGGUGAUGCUAGAAAUAGUGAGUGAAACUCAAUCCGCUUUUGUGGGGGGUCGCCAAUUGGUCGACAGUGUAUUGGUGCUGAAUGAGGUAGUAGAUGAGAUAAAGACCAGAAAACAGCCAGCCUUUGUUUUUAAGGCAGAUUUUGAAAAGGCAUAUGACUGCGUGGAUUGGUCUUUUUUGGACUGGAUGAUGGAUACUUUUGGUUUUGGAACAAAGUGGAGAGGAUGGAUCAUGGAGUGCCUUUCAACAGCGAGAACUUCGAUUUUGGUAAAUGGAAGCCCGACAAAGGAAUUUGAGGUUGGUAAAGGAUUACGUCAAGGAGAUCCUUUAUCUCCCUUUCUCUUCUUGUUGAUCGGUGAGGGGUUACAAGGCUUGGUACAGAAAGCAGUGGAGGAAGGAAUGCUACAGGGAAUCGAGAUUGGAAAGAGAGGGAUGACCGUGUCUUUACUUCAGUUCGCCGACGAUACAAUAAUUAUGGGCAGAGCGGAGGUUGAGAAUAUAAGAACGGUGAAGGAUGUUUUAAGAUGGUUUGAACUUAUGUCUGGUCUGAGGAUAAAUUUUAACAAGAGCAGCAUAUAUGGCUAUAAUGUGUCGGAGGGAUGGAUAAAGGGAGCAGCCGGCAUGUUACGAUGUGGAGUAGGUCAAACGCCUUUUCUUUAUUUGGGUUUGCCCAUUGGGAGUAAAUCUGGAAACAAGAAGGUGUGGGAGCCGAUGGUGAACAAAUUUCGGGCAAAGCUGGCUGCAUGGAAGGCUUCUACGCUUUCCUUUGGAGGUCGACUAACCCUUUUGAACUCGGUACUCUCUGCGUUGCCUAUUUUUUAUAUGUCUCUGUUUUUACUGCCAAAGUCUGUUCUUGUGGAGCUGAUUAGUAUACAAAGGAGAUUUCUAUGGGGUGGGCCAGAUUUAAAUAAAAAGAUUUCAUGGGUGAAAUGGGAACAUAUUUGCCGAGAUAAGGGGAAAGGGGGUUUAGGGGUACCAGAUUUGCGUAGGAAAAAUUGGGCAUUGUUAGGAAAGUGGUGGUAUAGAUUAGGAGAUGGGGUGGAGAACUUAUGGAAAAGGGUAGUGAGGGAGAAGUAUUAUGGAGGCAGGUGUGAGGUUGAUAUUACAACGAUUGAGGGCCCGAGGGUAUCAAAGCUGUGGAGGGAUAUUAUUAGAAUGGGGGGUCAUUCUUCGAGACUAAAGAAUAUGCUAGUGGAGGGGUUCAAGUGGGAAGUGGGUGAGGGAAAUAAGGUGGAUUUUUGGCUACAGCGGUGGGUUGGAGAUAAAACCCUUAGGGACUUAUGCCCUAGAUUAUACGCUUUAUCGGUUAAGAAGGAAGGAAAGGUUUAUGAAAUGGGAAGAUGGAAUGAGGGUAGAUGGUGUUGGUGUGUUGAGUGGAGGAGAGGUACCAUAGGGCGUGAGAAGGAUGAGGAGGUGGUGCUGGAGAGGGCGCUGGAGGGGGUUAAUGUGAAGGUGGGAGCUGGGGACGUUUGGAAGUGGAGGCAUGCGACGGAUGGCAGAUAUGUGGUAAAGAUAGCAUAUGACUAUUUAGAUUCUAUGGAAGGAGUAUUGGAGGACCAGAGGUGUAAAUUAAUAUGGUGCCGGUUGGUACCAUCCAAAGUUGCUGUUUUUGGGUGGCGACUAUGCUUAAAUAGGCUUCCAACUAAGGAUAAUCUUCAAAAGCGUGGGGUGCAAUUGCAAGAGGAAGGUAUUUAUUGUGUAUUUUGUAGUGAGAUAGUGGAAGAGGCAAAUCACUUAUUUUGUAUAUGUUACAAAGCGUGGUUAGUGUGGGUAGAGGUGUUAAAUUGGUGGGGCUUGGAGAGUGCUUUACCCAAUACCGUCAUGGGAGUGGCAGAUUUAUUCAUUGAUGAGUUGGGCAGUAAAGCUGGAAAGGAGAUGGGCUCUUGUGUUUUUCUGGCAGCUGCUUGGUAUAUAUGGUAUAGAAGGAAUACUCUGAUAUUUCGAGAAGAUGAAGGAAUUCCAGAGAAAAUGUUGGAAAGGGUGCAAGUAAAAACUUUUUUAUGGUUGAAGUCUAAAGUGAAGGGAUGCGUUUUUUCCUUUUAUGAAUGGCAACAUUAUCCGUUGGAAUGUGCAAAGGCUGUCAACCGGCAUAAAAGGAUGAGGAAGCAAUACUCAAAGGCAGUAGUGGACCCUAACUAACGGAGGGGAGGUUCACAAUCUGCACUCUUAGUCUGCUGUAUGGGUUCUGAAGGGCAUGGUGCUGUUUUUGGGUAUGCAGGAAGUUUUAAGUUGCUGGAAACGGCUUAGAGGUAUUUCCUUCUCAUGUUGACUUCUUCUUGAUGGCUGCCCUGAGCUUUUGGAUUUCUUGAAUGCAGCAGGUUAAUUGUGUUGCGUUUCUUGUUUCCUACGGACUGUAAUCUGUUUUUGGGAGUAUUUCUUAUGCUCCUUCUCUAAUAAAUAUCAUAUAGCUUUGCUGAUCAAAAAAAAUGGUCAAGUAAUCCCUUGGAGUGUGCUAAAGCAAUUGACAAGUAUAGAAUGUUGCAAUGUUCAAAUGUAACCCUUAAAACAAAUGUCCUUAUUUUGAGAUUUUGUGUUGAUGUGGAAUGAGUUUGAGACGUGAAACAGUAUCCUAACGUGAUUAAGUCGCUUUGCUUUAUCCUCAAUUCUUACAAGCCAAAGAAUAACAAAGCAGUUCCUGUGUGAAAUGAACAAGGAAUGUGCACAGGGUUGACUUGGCCAGCACUUUUAAUGAGCUAGAGACGAAGAUUGGAAAGGAGGAUGUGUCACUAUUCUCCACGGGCUGUGAGAAUGCUAGGCUAGAGGUGAAGCAUAGGGUGGGAUCAAGGGUGUCUUGCAUCACUCCCAGAGCACAUAUUGUUCCAAGACCAGAUGCAGCCCAUAGUUGACCACUUGAAGCCAACGUUAAAUUUUGUAUUUCUGCUAGCAGCAGUCAUAAUCAGCCACAAAUCAAUGGUUGUCAUAUGUAAUUUUCUUGAAACAUUUUUUCAUCUCAUUGAUGCAGCGAAGAUUGUAAAAGG